AUGCAAGAACGUGCUAACCAUGCACCACUGGCGACGGCAGCUCCACGGAUCUCCCAGGAAACCAUCGACGCCCUUUCGCAAGCAAUUUUGAAAGCGCUUCAGAAAUUAGCCUCCGUUGACAACAAUCAUGAAAAUAACCCGGCCGAUAUAGCGUUCAUGCUCAUAAACUCUUUCAAAUACUUACCGGUUUCCACUACUCCUGCGGACUCGUUUGACGCAGAACUAGAAAAAUUGGAUAUUUUUUCUCCCCUUCUACAGAUCGCCGUUACUGCUGCUAAUAAUAGUAACAUAAUAUGGGAUCUUAUAGCGGUAUUAUUUGCAUACAUCUCUAUUCAUAAGCAAUUUCAUCCUUUGAUCCUGCACAAUUUGGAUGUUUGGAAUGAGUUCUCAGCGGAUCUUGGUGAGGGAAUUGCAACAAGCGCGAAUCAAAGCACGGAUUCGAUAAAAUUCGGCGUAUUAUCGCUUCUUUCCAUUGUUCAAAAUUUUGAAGAAAUCACCCCAAGCUUAUUUGAAUUUUUCAAACUCGGUUUAAGGUCCACUUUACUCAAGAUUUGGGUGCCACAAUGGCAAAAGUACAAUUCGAAAAAAACGACGAGUUCAAUUAAUGAUGAAGAAAAAAUUUCUGACUGGAUAACAAAAGAUUACCACGUAGAUUUUUUUAUUGCCACCUCAUUGACGUCCUCGCCAUCUUUGAAAGUUUUACCCUCUCAUUAUUUUGUCUACAAAAUUUCCAAAAGAAUUUCUCACUUCCCAAACUUGAUUGACCCGGACUUAUAUCGUUCCGCAACCUCAGUAAUAAUGGAAAAUGGUAUUUCAGACAACGGCGCUAGCGACAGCAACAAUGUCAAUGAUUUAGCCUUUUAUUUUCAAAUCUUAAUGGAGGUUAUUGACCACCCUGAGUUGAAUUACCUACAAGAGAACCGUUUAAUUUUGUUGCUAGACGUUGCAUUAAAUCACUUGAUUCUAGUUCCUACUCAUUGUUUACAUUCGAGCUUAGGCGAAUUGGGCUCUACUCAAAGUUUGUCGUCUACUUUAAAUAUCAUUCAGUUCCUUUUAUCGAAAUUUUUAGUCAAUAUGGGCAGUAUCACACAGUUAAUCAAUAAAUCGAACAAGCACUGCAUCAAUAAUAAUAAUAAUAAUAAUAAUAAUAAUAAUAAUAAUAAUAAUAGCAAUAAUAACACCAACAACAACAACAAUAAUAAUAACAUUAACAACAACAGUAGUAAUAACAAUAACAAUAACAAUAAUAAUAGUAACAACAACAACGGCAACAACAGCAACAAUGGUAAUAGUAAUAAUAAUAGGAAGAAGGACUGGUUCCAGUCGCACCAGACUAACUACCAAAUCCCCUUUUGGUUCGAAGAGUCAAUUUUACCGCCAAUUCCACCGAUUUCUAAAUCGCUAUUUACUUUUGACAAAGAUUUAAAUCACGAAUCGGAUUCAAUCAUGAUUGUUGAGGAUCUAUUACGUUGUUUGAACUCAACCAUUCUUUUGAUAUCUAAACUUCUAAGAGACUAUAACGAUCUCAAUAUCAAUGCAUUAGCUCAAUCAUCAAACGAUAGUAACACUGACAUUAACCUAAACAACCAUGUAAUGAUGGAAGAGUGCAUGCAACUUUAUUUAGUCCCGCUAUUCACCUCGUUACUAUUGAUCCAACAAUUAGAGGACCAAGAUCAGGGACGAAAAUUAAACAAAGAAGAGGAGCUCGAGGACAAGGAAGAGGAAGAGGAAGAGGAAAGAGAAAAUAUAAAUCUUAUCGAGUCCUCCUCAGUAAAGAAAUUGUUCUCGCAAUUGAUUUUCUUUAGCUCUUUGAAGCUGUGUGAAAAUCUGAUUAUCAAGGAGAAAAAUUUGGCGCUAUAUCAUUUAAUCAAAUUCACGGCAAAAGUUUCUCUAGAUGACUUGAUUUUGCAGAAAAUUUCGAUAAACUUAUUAAACCAUUUAUUUUUCCAUCAAAUCAGCGAUGGAGGUGAUGGUGAUGGUUUGAUCAAGAAGUUAUGUUUAAAAAAUCAACUUUCUUUCCAAGCCUUGAAGGAUUACAUCACAUUGUGGAAUGAUGGUUCUGAGGUUUAUAAUCCAUUCUACAAGGAACUUUUCUAUGAAGAGCAACCAAAAAUUGAAUUGAUAAAGUUGACAAUGUUUGACCUGAUUGAAUUGUUCCCUGAUGACGAGCAAUUUGUGAUAUCCACACCUCAAACCGCAAUGGCCACUGAUGAUAAUUCCAUAUCAUUGCAACCAGUUGCACAGAAGAAUGCUGAAGUUUUCACUCCACUAUCAAAGUACGAUGCUUAUUCUUCCAACUCUUUUGUACCGUCCACGACAAACAAUGCUAAUUCUAAUACUAAUAAGCAGCAACAGCCACAAAACUCCACUUCAUCUUCAUCCAACAGGUAUCUGUUCAACAAAAGCAGCCUCCUUCCACAGGAAAAUACCAAUAACAGUGCACAGGGACCUGGAUCCAUAGAUGACAGUUAUUCUCUUGAUAACUCUUUCAAUACAACGAAUACCAACAUGACAAGGCAACCAACCACGUUAACUAGAGCCACCGAUGCGAUGACCACCGCGCCCACGACACCAACCCCAUACAAGAACAGUAAUAGUAACAACAGUAAUAGCCUAUGGAUGGAAUCGCCAAUGUCGAAUUUCAAAGGUUCUAUCAUCAAUAAAAAUUCCAGCAAGAAUAAAAUGGUCAACACCGGUAAAAAUUACAUUCUUGGGGGCCACAAUAAAGUUAAAAAUAACAGUAGAGCUCAAUCGAUACAUAUUGACGACUUCGAGAAUAAUAAUGACUAG